CGGUUCUCCCGCGAGCUCCGAGAGCGGGUGGCGAGGCCCAGCCCCCGCGGUGCCUGGUGUAAAGAAGUCGCCUUCGCCCUCGCCGCCGCGGCCGGGACUCCUCGGCCUCAGUUCCCUCAGGUCUCGUCUGCACUCAGGACUCGCGCUACAUCAUGUUCAAGAAACUGAAGCAAAAGAUCAGUGAAGAGCAGCAGCAGCAGCAGCAGCAGCAGCUCCAGCAGGCGCUAACUCCUACUCAGGCUUCCUCCAGUUCUUCAACACCAACAGGAGCUAGGAGCAGAACAUCUUCAUUUACAGAGCAAUUUGAUGAAGUUAUUCCCAAUAGAGAGCUACUAGCCGGGAUGAUAGCAGAGCCUGCUUUUCUCUCUGAGUAUACUAUAUUUGCUUUGGAUUCCUCCAAACAGCCUAAAACACAGAGUGAUACUGUGAAUGCAUCUACCCGUGGCACAAAAUCUCCCGACAGUGUUAAUGGAAGUGAACCAGCCACUCCUCAGUCAGGUGAUACACAGAGUUUUGCACAGAAGCUCCAGCUCCGGGUGCCUUCUGUGGAGUCUUUGUUUCGAAGUCCAAUAAAGGAAUCUCUAUUCCGAUCUUCUUCAAAAGAGUCUUUGGUACGAACAUCUUCCAGAGAGUCCCUGAAUCGACUUGACCUGGACUAUUCUGCUGCCACCUUUGAUCCACCCUCUGAUAUGGAGAGUGAGACAGAAGACUCAAUGGGGAAUUCAAGCAGUCUCAACAAAGAACAGUUGAUUCAGCGACUGCGAAGAGUAGAGAGAAGCUUAAGUAGCUACAGAGGAAAAUAUUCUGAGCUUGUUACAGCUUAUCAGACUCUUCAGAGAGAGAAGAAAAAGCUACAAGGUAUAUUAAGUCAGAGUCAGGACAAAGCACUUCGGAGAAUUGGAGAAUUAAGAGAGGAGCUUCAAAUGGACCAACAAGCAAAAAAACAUCUUCAAGAGGAGUUUGAUGCAUCUUUAGAGGAGAAAGAUCAGUAUAUCAGUGUUCUCCAAACUCAGGUUUCUCUCCUAAAACAAAGGUUACGAAAUGGCCCAAUGAAUGCUGAGGUACUAAAGUCACUCCCUCAGAUGGAACCACAGGCUGAAUCCUUCACUGAAGAAGAGAACAUGGAAGGUGGUAUAGAACCAGAAGUGGGAGAUAGUGCUUCUGCUAAAAUACUGGAAACACUUCAGCAAAGAAUUAAGCGUCAAGAGAAUCUACUUCAGCGUUGCAAGGAAACCAUUCAGUCACAUAAAGAACAGUGUACGCUAUUAACCAGUGAGAAAGAAGCACUGCAAGAGCAACUUGAUGAAAGACUUCAAGAAUUAGAAAAGAUGAAGGAUCUUCAUAUGGCUGAGAAGACUAGACUUAUCACUCAGUUGCGUGAUGCAAAGAACUUAAUUGAGCAGCUUGAACAAGAUAAGGGAAUGGUAAUAGCAGAGACAAAACGUCAGGUGCACGAAACAUUGGAACUGAAAGAAGAAGAAAUUGCUCAACUUCGUAGUCGAAUCAAACAGAUGACCACCCAGGGAGAGGAAUUACGGGAACAGAAAGAAAAGUCUGAAAGAUCUGCUUUUGAGGAACUUGAAAAGGCCUUGAGCACAGCCCAAAAAACAGAAGAGGCACGGAGAAAAAUGAAGGAAGAAAUGGAUGAACAAAUAAAAGCUAUUGAAAAAGCAAGUGAGCAGGAACGCAUCAGUCUUCAACAGGAAUUAAGUCGGGUGAAACAGGAGGUUGUUGACAUAAUGAAAAAAUCUUCAGAAGAACAAAUUGCUAAACUACAGAAACUUCAUGAAAAGGAGCUGAUCAGCAAAGAACAAGAAUUGACCAAGAAGUUUCAGACCCGAGAAAGGGAGUUACAGGAUCAAAUGAAAGUAGCUCUUGAAAAGAGUCAAUCAGAAUAUUUGAUGAUCACCCAAGAAAAAGAGCAGCAAGAUUCUUUGGCUCUGGAAGAGUUAGAGUUGCAGAAAAAAGCGAUCCUCGUAGAGAGUGAAAAUAAACUUCAGGACCUUCAGCAAGAAGCAGAGACUUACAGAACUAGAUUUCUUGAAUUGGAAAGUUCUUUGGCCAAAAGAUUGCAAGAAAACAAAACUCAGUCAGAAGAUUUAACUAUUCUUUUCGAAGCUGAAAAAAAUAAGCACAAUAAAGAAAUUACAGUCAUGGUUGAAAAACAUAAGGCAGAAUUGGAGAGCCUUCAGUAUCAGCAGGAUAACCUUUGGACUGAAAGACUCCAAAUCUUAAAGCAACAGCAUCAGACUGAGAUGGAAAAAUUUAGAGAAAAGUGUGAACAAGAAAAAGAAACAUUAUUGAAAGAGAAAGAGAGUGUCUUCCAGGCUCACAUAGAAGAGAUGAAUGAAAAAACUUUAGAAAAGCUUGAUGUGAAGCAAACAGAACUGGAAUCAUUAUCUUUUGAACUGUCAGAAGUAGUAAAAGCCCGUAACAAGCUAGAAGAGGAACUUUCUGUUCUAACAAAUCAAGUAGCUAAAGCGAAGCAGGAAUUGGAGACCAGGCUGGAUGAACAGAAAAAUCAGCAUCAGCAACAAGUUGACAGAAUCAUUAAAGAACAAGAAAUAUCUAUCCAGAGAACUGAGAAGGUAUUAGAAGAUCAAAUUAAUGAACUGGGGCUUCUCUUGAAGGAAAAGGAAAAGCAUUUGGAAGAACAGCAGGCUUAUAUAGGAAAGUUAGAGGCAGAAAUUAAAAGAUCCGAAGGGGAACUGCAACAGGCAUCUGCUAAGCUGGAUCUUAUUCAGUCGCACCAGAGCACCGCACAUGACCAGGCAGAAGCAUAUGAGGAGCAGCUGGCCCAACUGCAGCAGAAGUUAUUGAAUUUGGAAAAAGAAAAAGAUCUUCUUACCAGUCAUGUAGCUGAAGUUGAAACACAGAAGAAAAGUGUUUGUAGUGAGUUAGAAUCUCAUAAAAUGCAGGUGCAGGAUGUAAUGCAGCGACUUAAAAAACAGAAUAGUGAAAUGGAACAAAAAAUAACAUCUUUAACACAGUUAUAUGAGUCCCAACUUAAAGAUAGUAACAUUGAACAAGAGCAGACAAAGCAAAUGUUGAUGGAAAAAGAAAAUACAAUUUUACAAAUGAGAGAAGGACAAUGUAAAGAAAUUGAUAUACUCAAACAGAAAUUGUCAGCCAAGGAGGGCAGUAUUAGUACUUUGCAGGAGGAAUAUGAAACUAAAUUUAAAAAUCAAGAAAAGAAAAUGGAAAAAAUUAAGCAGAAAGCAAAGGAGACACAAGAAACAUUAAGGAAGAAACUGGUGGAUCAGGAAGCCAAACUUAAAAAAGAGCUGGAAAAUACUGUCCUAGAGCUUAGUCAGAAAGAAAAGCAGUUCAAUGCCAAAAUGUUGGAAAUGACACAGGCUAAUUCAUCUGGAAUCAGUGAUGCAGUGUCAAGACUUGAAACAAACCAGAAGGAGCAAAUAGAAAGUCUCACAGAGGUCCAUCAGCAAGAACUCCAUGAUGCUGUCUCAAGCUGGGAAAAGAAGCUUAAUCAGCAAGCUGAAGAACUUCAGGAAAAUUAUGAAAUCCAAUUACAGAAGAAAGAACAAGAGAUAGCAGAACUGAAGCAAAAGAUCCAUAUACAUGUGUGUGAAAAAGAAGAGAUGAACAAGGAAAUAACGUGGCUGAAGGAAGAAGGUGUUAAGCAGGAUGCAGCAUUAAAGGAAUUGCAGGAACAGCUGGAACAGAAGUCUGUUCAUAUGACUUCUCUUUCACAAAAUGAAAGUGAACUGAGAGCACAACUUGAAAAACUGGAGGCUGAAUUGAAUCAUUCUUUGAAGGAAAAUACUUCUCUUCAGGAACAACUAGUUGAACUGAAAAUGCUGGCAGGAAAAGAUAAGUUUAAGGUUUUGGAGUUGACAGACAAGUUGAAAAUCAAGGAUGAAGAAUUCCAGAGUUUAAAGUCUUUACAUGAAACAAGUAAGAAAAGCCUUGAGGACAAAAGCUUAGAAUUCAAAGCACUGUCUGAGGAAAUAGCGUUACAGCUCGAUUGUUACUGUAAGAAAACUAAAGCUUUAUUGGAAGCUAAAACAAAUGAACUAAUAGACAUUAGUAGUAGUAAAACUUAUGCCAUUAUUGCUCGGAUUUCCCAUUGUCAGCACCACACAACUAAAGUCAAGGAGGCACUCCUGAUGAAAACUUGCAAGGUAUCUGAAUUAGAAGCACAACUUAAACAGCUAACAGAAGAGCAAAAUACACUAAAUAUUUCUUUUCAACAGGCCACCCAUCAGUUAGAAGAAAAGGAAAGUCAAAUUAAGAGCAUGAAGGCUGAAAUUGAAGGUCUUGUAACAGAAAAAGAAGCCCUACAGAAGGAAGGAGGUAAUCAGAAACAGGUUGCCUCAGAAAAGGAGUCUUGUAUCACGCAGUUAAAGAAAGAAUUAUCGGAAAACAUCAAUGCUGUCACAUUAAUGAAAGAAGAGCUUACAGAAAAAAAAUCUGAGAUUGUCAUUCUUAGAAAACAGCUAACUGAUUUGAAUGUUCAACUUCAGAAUAGUAUUAGCCUAACUGAAAAAGAAGCAGCCAUUUCCUCACUGAGUAAGCAAUAUGAUAAACAACAACGUGAAUUACAGGAUCAGGUGCAAGAUUUAUCCUUGAGAGUUGAUACUCUGAAUAAAGAGAAAAUUUCUGCUCUUGAGCAGGUGGAUCACUGGUCUAACAAAUUCUCAGAAUGGAAGAAAAAAGCACAAACAAAAUUUGUACAAUAUCAAAACACUGCUAAAGAAUUGCAGAUGCAGCUUGAGUUAAAAACAAAGGAAGCUAAUGAAAAGGAUGAGCAGAUACAUUUAUUAAAGGAAGACCUUGAUCAGCAAAAGAAACAAUUUGAAUGUCUAAAGUAUGAAAUAGAAGAUAAGAAGAACAAGAUGGAGAAAAAGGAGUGUAAUUUAGAGACUGAGUUAAAGACUCAAACAGCAAGGAUUAUGGAAUUAGAGGAUCGUACUACUCAGCAAACAAUUGAAAUCGAGUCUUUAAAUGAAGUUCUUAAAAAUUAUAAUCAACAAAAAGAUAAUGAACAGAAAGAAUUGGUUCAGAAAAUUAAGCACUUUCAAGACUUAGGAGAAGAAAAGGAGAACAGAGUUAAAGAAGCUGAGGGAAAAGUUUUAAGGCUUGAAAAGCAAGUGUCUUUCAUGGAAGCUGAACUUGAAAUUAAGAAGAAAGAAUUAGAAUGUGUGAAUUCAAGUGUGAAAAGCAAAGAAGCGGAGUUAAAAGCAUUGGAAGAUAAAUUUGAGUUAGAAAGUGCUACAAAAUUAGCAGAACUGAAAAAAAAAGCUGAACAAAAAAUUGCUGCUAUCAAGAAGCAGUUGUUGUCUCAAAUGGAGGAGAAAGAACAGCAAUAUAAAAAAGGUACAGAAAGCCAUUUGAGUGAACUAAAUAAAAAAUUGCAAGAAAGAGAAGGGGAAAUUCAUGUCUUAGAAGAAAAACUUAAGUUAUUGGAAAGUUCUCCACAAUCAGAAACAGCAGAUAUGUUCCGAUCAGCAGAAAAUAUGACAGCAUGUACUGAACAAAAAGAAGCAGAUUCCGAAAUCUGUGUGCAGAUGGCAUAUGAAGAAAAAAUCAAUGCCUUACAAAGAAGUUUGACUGAAAAAGAAAAGCUACUGCAAAAGCUAGAGCAGGAAAAAGAGACAAUUACAUGUUCUCAUUCUGAAAUGCAAUGCGAGCAUCAGGAGGUCUUGAUAAAAUUAAAGCAUGCUGAAGCAAAACAACAUGAAGAUCAGGUUAUGAUAGGUCAUCUUCAAGAAGAACUUGAAGAGAAAAAGAAAUACUCAUUAAUAGUAUCCCAGCAUGUAGAAGAAGAGGAAGGCAAAAAUAACAGAGAGGCAAAGCAAAACUGGGAAAAUGUGGUUUACGAUGUCCAGAAAACCCUCCAGGAGAAGGAACUAACCUGUCAUUCCUUGGAACAAAAGAUAAAAGAACUGGAUUCUUGCUUAGUAAGAGAGAAGGAGGUACAUAGACUUGAAAUGGAAGAGUUGAUUUCAAAAUAUGAAAAAUUACAGGCUUUACAGCAACACAAUGAUGGAAAAAAUAAAAACAUUGAAGGUUUGGAAGAUGGUACUGAAGAAAAUUCCAUAUCACAUGCAAUCCAACCCAAAUUGCUUGGUAACUUGGAAACCCAGCACAAUGACCUGGAGUUUAAAUUAGCAGGGACAGAGCGAGAAAAGCAGAAACUGAGCAAGGAGGUUGUAAGAUUGCAGAAAGACCUUCGAAUGUUAAGGAAGGAACAUCAGCAAGAAUUGGAUAUACUAAAGAAAGAAUGUGAACAAGACAUGAAGGAGAAAAUCAAACAGGAGCAGGAAGAUCUUGAGUUGAAGCAUAAUUCCACAUUAAAACAACUGAUGAGGGAGUUUAAUACCCAGCUGGCACAAAAAGAACAGGAGCUGGAAAUGACCAUAAAAGAAACUAUCAGUAAGGCCCAGGAGGUGGAAGCUGAACUUUUAGAAAGCCAUCAAGAAGAGAUAAAUCAGUUACAUAAAAAAAUUGCAGAGAAGGAUGAUGAUCUACAAAGAACAGCCAAAAGAUAUGAAGAAAUCCUUGAUGCUCGUGAAGAAGAAAUGACUGCAAAAGUAAUGGACCUGCAAACUCAACUUGAGGAACUGCAGAAGAAAUGCCAGCAGGAAAGAAAGCUACAGCAGGAGAAUAAUGCUGGCACUGAUAAUGUAACAAUAAUGGCCCUACAGACGCAACUAGCACAGAAAACGACUGUAAUCAGUGAUUCAAAGUUGAAGGAGCAAGAGUUCAGAGAACAGAUUCACAAUUUAGAAGACCGUUUAAAGAAGUAUGAAAAGAAUAUGUAUGCAACAACUGUAGCAACACCUUAUAAAGGUGGCAAUUUAUACCAUACUGAUGUCUCACUCUUGGGAGAACCAACCGAAUUUGAAUAUUUACGAAAAGUGCUCUUUGAAUAUAUGAUGGGUCGUGAGACUAAGACCAUGGCAAAAGUUAUAACUACUGUACUAAAGUUCCCAGAUGACCAGACUCAGAAAAUUUUGGAAAGAGAAGAUGCACGGCUAAUGUUUACUUCACCUCGCAGUGGUAUCUUCUGAGUAAACCAUCAGUCUGUGCUUAGUUAGAAUGUGUCAUGGCUCCGAUCUUCAUCUUGAAGAAAUGGGGAGAGUGAUAUUGGCAACUGCUGCUUGGAAAACUGUCCAUGUUUGCUCUGCUUUGAGAAUGAAGCUGUCACUUAGGGCCCUUCACUUAGGCAGAGACAAAGACAAAUCUGACAUUGGCCCAUAGAUAUAUCACAGAUUGCUUUUAAAACAGAUUUAUUUUAUCAGUGGAAAGAAAAAUGGUGAUAGUUCUUUCUUUUUUCUUCAGUUUUCUGUUGGAAAGAAUUUUAUGUUGUUUGAAAUUUGAAUAACCUAACCUCAUUUAUGGGCUCAGUUGAUGUUCCUUUCAUUCUUGUCCCUCUUUUUAAA